GACUCCGGUCGGCGGCGGCAGUGCCAGUGGCGGCAGCAACACGUAGCAGCAGUCGACGGCAACGCAACGCUGAGGAGAGGCACACAGAACGUCCUUUCUUCGUACGACGCGCCGAUCACGCAGUCGCAUCAUCAUCACGGAACGUAUCCUACCCUACGCAGCAUCUUGAGUGUAUCCACGACUACGUGUUGCCGCGCAACUACGGAACUAGCCGGAAGUGCGCCUGGAAGCUGAUCGAGCUUGGCCCGCUGUUUGGCAUCCCCGUGGCAGAAUGAAGCUGUACUGGAGUUUGGCUCUCGUGGCCAUCAGUUUGUCGAUGAUUUUGAUGACCGCGCGAGCGGAAGCUGAUCUGUGGGACGAGGAUGACAAGCCUCUUGAUGAGGUUCUUGUACGGACAGAGCGCGGUACCAAAGAGCGAACAUCCGGCAGCUCUUCGUCGUGCAGAUACGUAAAGGGUCAAUGGUCGGAAUGCGACUCGAAUACUAAUUUGCGGUCGCGCACACUGAACCUCAAGAAGGGCGACAAGUCCUGUGAGCAGACCAAGAUUAUUCAGAAGAAGUGCAAGAAAGCAUGCCGAUACGAUAAAGGCACGUGGAGUGGAUGCGUGAAUCAAAUGAUGACGAGAACCGAUAAUCUGAAAGCGAAUAGUGACACAUCCUGCGAAAAGACGCGACGGCUUACCAAGAGGUGUAAACCAGAGACCAAUACUAAAAAAUCCACCAAAGGUGAGCGAUCGAACAAGAAAUCGGGCAAGCAGUAAUCAUCCGCCAACUUUUAAUCAUCUUCUCUAAUUGGGCAACGAAAGCGCACUCCCAUCUCUUCGACCCCCUUUUUACCCUCUCCUUUUCUCGAUACCUUAUAUCAAUUGAUACUUUUCUCGAUAAUUAUCAAUUGAUUGCGAGGCAGAGCACAAAUUGGAUCGCGACGAUUGCUAAUCGAAGCGCGUUUAUUACACUUACUGCCUAGGGAAUCAUGCAUUUCAGAUGCAGUGACGCGUGCUGUGUUGCUGCAACCUCUUUCAGGGUGCGCUCUGCCGUUGGUUAAUUAUACAAGUUAAUUGCUGUUAAUAAUUCGGAAUAGUGCGCACGUCUCGGUAAUCACAUCUGUCCUCGACGGUAUCUCGAAGGUUACCAACUUGUCCAGGGUCGCGUUGUGCUAUUGUAUGUUCCUGGUUUUUCAUGAUGCAGUUUGAAAAGAUCCAUUUAUUUAAAAAAAAAAAUUAUAUUUUACACUCGAGUAAAAACUUUUAUAUUUAACCCAUUGACACAAUUUGCAACAAGUUCCCUCGUAGAUAGAGUUAUUGAUCGCAUAAAGGUUUUUCUAAAAAUGGACAUUGGACGCAAGAUCUUGGACGGUUAAGCCGCGCAAUCAGCCGAGGAAUCGAUUAGGAACCGAUACGUAUAACAUGUUCGAGAUGACGAAAACAUGAAAUAAGUAUGGUUUACUCGUCGACACACAUAGUGAUGCAUUUUUGUGCAAUUGAACCACCGUGAAUUCAAGAAUUGCUUGGAUGACGCGAUUAUUUUCUCAUAGCUUUCAAAUUCAGAGAAAUCUAUAAGACCUAUAUUGGCUUUUUCAGUAUAUUCUUGCAAAAUAUGCAUCAUUGAUUGUUCGAUUAACGAGUGUAGAGCACACCAUAGAGCUCCUCGACUAGAAACAGUCGCUAUUUUGGAGGUUUGCAGAAGAUAAAAUCAUCUGCCAAAGCUGUUCUCCCGUCUUCCCACAAUGAUUAUUAUUAUUAUUAUUAUUAAUAUUAAUAUUAAUAUUAUUAUUGUUUAACACACAAAAAACAGCAGUAACCCCCCUUCCCUCUUUGGCUUAGCUGCUGAUAAACUUAAAAUCAUGUACAAUAUUUGUCAUACUAAACAGCUUUCAUUCGAUUGUCACAUAAAUAUACAAUGUUCGGUGUUCAAAGUAAUUGUGUCUUGUGUCAUAUAACACGCGCGAGAUAUUCCGGAAAUAUUACGUCGUCGCGAAGGUUCGUAAAUUUAAAUAAGGAUUCGUGUGGAUGCGCGAGAAACUCAAUGGCAAUCCAUCCUGUGUGGGAUCUUCCACGAUUAAAACGGCGAAUCAAAAAUUCUAAAAUCAAAACAGACCUGAGAUCAAAAGAAUCGCAUCAAAAUAACAAUUGUCGAGAGAAUUGAACGAGAGUAAAAUGGAAAUAUAUAUAUAUAUCGAAAUAUAUAUCACAGAAUGUUCGCGCGAGCUUAAUGAAUUUUCCCGGAAUCCUCCGCGCCCUUCUUGACAGGACACUGUCGUCAUUUCCGAUGUUAAUAUUCGCAGUUAACGUUAUAAUAAUGUAUCAAGUGAUUACUGGCAACAUGGAAACUCGCAAGCGAAUGAGCAUGAAAAUCAAACUAAAAUAACUCGUCGUCUCGUUGUCUCGUCAAGUACGCACGCACGCGCGUGCGAGAAAGAGAGAUCGCUGGAUAUCUUUUCGACACCACGAAAAUCAAAUCCCUUUUCCCUCCCCACAAGAUUGUAUUUGUUUUUAAGUCUAGGUGUAUACAAAGGCUCGUCGGUGAGAGGAAGUUAAGCUGUUCGUGCGUUUGAUACUGCACGCGUGUGCGAUCCGUGUGCGACGUGCUUUAAAAAAAGUGCGUAGAGUAUAGUGAUGCGCGAGAAGAAAUUAUUUUUCCUAUAAUAUUUUGCAAAUAUCAUGUUUUUUCCUAGUCUCUCCCUCGUAAAUUUCUACGAUGAAGAUUUGAUUUUAACUCUAUUUUAUGAAUAUCUGGAAUUGAAAAUCAGUAAAAGGAAAAAAAGACAUAAAGAGAUCUCCAGAAAAUAAAAAUUAAGAAAUUUGUAGACGCCGUACGUGGACUAGCGCACGCGUCGUUAACAAGCGCCUAGUUUUAGCUCUCGUAUUACAGCAUAUCAUCAUUACGCGUAAAGCGAAUCUAUUGAUAAACUAAGAUAGAAUUAUCUGUUUUAUGGGCUCUCUUUCAGGGUGUCUAUUCAAAUCUUGUAAAAAAAAUUUCCUGAGAUUUCCCUGAUUUUUCAGAUAUUUUUAUUCCGAAAUCCAGUAAAAUUAGAGAAUUUUUAAAUACAGUUUUUGAAAUAAAUUUAUUUAUUUUGUGCGCACUUUUUAAUAUUCUCUCUGUUCAUACGAUCACGAAGGCAAAAUGAAGAGCCACUUAAGUUUCGAAUUUGAGAAGAUAUCAAAAAGAAUAAUCUUUAUAAGCAUUUUAAUGCAAGUAUUUGCAUUACAUUUUCAUUCACGCAUUUUCAAUUAUGUAAUGAAAUAAAAAUUACAAUGAAUUGUGUACUGCAAACUCACGCUCGUACACGAAUGUGUAUAUCACCGUAUUGUUGCACUGGUUGUGCUGAUUUGAUCGAUCAACGAAUUGCCAACUAUUUGCGAUAUAAAGGCAAAAUUAUCAAAGAAAAAUUUUUUACAAAAUUCUCCGAAUCUCAAUAAAAUUUCACCUAGAAA